AUGAAAUACACAGCUGGUCUGUUCACCACCACUUGCCUUUUUGUGUUGCAAGCUUUGGCGCAACAAAUUGACACAACUAGCUACGACUCCACCAUCACAUCUACAAUUUACAUAACAAUCACCGAUCUUUCAACCACAUUCUCAGGCUUCCCGCCUAAAACCACUUCAUCUUCCACUUCACCUUCUUCUCCUUAUUCCACUUCAUCCUCCACUUCUACUUCUUGGUUACCAUCACCAACAUCGUCAUUAGUGCCAAGCACCUCCUUAUCUAUUCAAAGCAGUUUCAGUAGUGUGGCCGCUCCACAAACAGAUGUGUUGACGUCGGUGUCGUCAUCGUCACUGGAAACAUCCUCCCCUUCUCCUUCUUCUUCUUCUUCUUCAUCUAUGGUCAGCGCAAUAGAAACAGUCACGCCAACUUUUACAAUCACAAACACCUCAACGCUGCCGCAAAGCGGGAACGAGGCUGUAACUGAAACCGUAACCACCAAGUCGGGUACCGUUCUAGUAACAACAUCUGUGACUUCUGGAGCAGAAUAUGUGUUUAUGACAGUAUAUGCUGAUCCCGUGAUUGUGCAAGCUACAGCCUUUGUAUAUGCAACUGUAGAUGCGACUGCUUAG